UUUUGAAUAGGGAAGAUGGCAGCUGCGGCAGUGGUUGAGUUUCAGAGAGCUCAGUCUCUUAUUAGUACGGACCGAAACGCGUCUAUCGAUAUUUUACAUUCAAUAGUCAGGCGAGAUGUUCAACAGGAUGAUGAAGAGGCCGUGCGUGUCAAAGAACAGAGCAUCCUGGAGCUUGGCACUCUCCUGGCUAAGACAGGGCAAGCUGCAGAGCUUGGAGGGCUCCUGAAGUUUGUCAGACCCUUCCUGAUCUCCAUAAGCAAGGCAAAGGCGGCACGACUGGUACGCUCGUUGUUGGAUCUUUUCCUGGAUAUGGAGGCAGCCACAGGACAGGAGGUUGAGCUGUGUCUGGAGUGCAUUGAGUGGGCCAAAGCUGAGAAAAGGACAUUUCUCCGACAGGCUCUUGAGGCACGUUUGAUCUCACUUUAUUUCGACACUAAGAGGUACCAGGAGGCUUUGCAGUUGGGCUCCCAGUUACUCCAGGAGCUGAAGAAGAUGGAUGACAAAGCUUUACUUGUGGAAGUCCAGCUUCUUGAGAGUAAAACCUAUCAUGCACUGAGUAACCUGCCCAAGGCCAGAGCUGCCCUUACGUCUGCCAGGACUACAGCCAAUGCCAUCUACUGUCCACCCAAACUUCAGGCAGCUUUGGACAUGCAAUCAGGCAUUAUCCAUGCUGCUGAAGAGAAGGAUUGGAAGACAGCAUAUUCUUACUUCUUUGAGGCUUUUGAAGGCUAUGAUUCCAUCGACAGCCCCAGGGCCAUCACUGCGCUGAAAUACAUGCUUCUUUGCAAAAUCAUGCUCAACUUGCCGGAGGAAGUCCAAGCCUUGAUCAGUGGCAAACUGGCCUUGCGUUAUGCUGGGAGACAAACAGAUGCACUAAAGUGUGUAGCACAGGCCAGCAAGAACAGAUCAUUAGCAGACUUUGAAAAGGCGCUGACCGAGUACACAAAAGAGCUGAGAGACGAUCCCAUCAUCAACACACACCUGGCCAAACUCUACGACAACCUGCUGGAGCAGAACCUUAUCCGGGUCAUUGAGCCCUUCUCCAGAGUACAGAUAACACACAUAUCAGAUCUCAUCAAACUAUCAAAGGGUGAUGUUGAGAGAAAACUGUCACAAAUGAUCCUGGACAAGAAGUUUCAUGGCAUCCUUGACCAAGGUGAAGGAGUCCUGAUCAUAUUUGAGGAGCCUCCUGUUGAUAAGACCUAUGAGGCAGCCCUUGAAACCAUCCAGAACAUGAGCAAAGUUGUGGACUCACUGUACAACAAAGCUAAGAAGUUGACAUAGAACAAACACAAAAGGAUGCUGCUCUGCAGAGUGGAUGUGUGUGAGUGUAUGUCUGCAUGUGUGUGUGGCCAACAUGUGGAACCUUUUUUUGUCAAGGCGAGAAGGGACAAUAUAGAGUAAGAAUCACAAAUUUCAACGGGAUUCACUUGUUCCAACUGAGUUUUUAACUCCUCCUUUCAAUGGACAAUUUCAUCCUUCUUAAUUUUGAUGGUUUUUUCCUCCCCGAUGUAUCUCUCAUCGGCCAACAUGGCCAUCAGGGAAUAUUGUACAACUACAAUAAAGUCUCAUAAAGUCACCGUAUAGCAUUGUAUAACUCUUCUACGGUUUAAGUUACAGCCUCUUAAGGUGCAAUACUGACCUCACUGUGGGUAAAGGGGGAACUGUGGGUAACUGUGGCUGUCUCCAUUAGUCCUCAUGGGAACAUAUAUUAUCCUGCAUGCAGGAAGAUACCAUUAGGAAGCGACAACCAGGCAUUUAUUACAUUUGCAUGGUUAGGGCCUUUAGAUAGUUCUGUAGCAAGCACAGUUACCAGCAGUCAGACCAAUCACAGCCAUUUUGUUCAGAUUGUGUAUUAUACAGUUUAACAUUUGCUCUGGCAGUAUACUUUUCAUUCAUUGUCUUUAAAUCUAUAAACAUGUUUGCUGUAUUAAGCACCCUAGAGUUGUCCUGUUAUGAAAAUAGCAUUACGAAUGCUAUCGUUUGACUGCAGUAGAAAUAAAUUUCUUUUUAUUCCACUGAACUAUAAAAGCUCCGCUAUAAAAGUUCCUUUUAAAAACAUAUGGUGUAGUUUCACCGGGUUUCGAAAGAUAUUUUUCUGAGGUUAUUUUUCCCAUGUGUUAAAACACAAGUCUCAUUUGAUUUAUGCUUUGUGUUGCAGGAGCGACACAGGCCUGACAGUACAUUAUUUUACAGAUUUUUUUUUUUUUUCCUCCAGGUUAAGAUUUCUUGCAUGUCUUUUGUGAUUUAUUUGGAUAUUUUAUACUUUCAUGCUUGCUUUUGUACCUAAAAUGGUAAGGUGUGAAUGAAUACUUGUAGAUAUCCUGGAAUGCAAAUCGCCAAAAAAAAAAAAAGUUUCACUUCAGAGGAGGUGUUAGGAAUUGAUUUGCUCACUCUCUAUUGGGAUGUGCAUUUUAAUUCUUUCAUUUUUUUUUGUAAAGAAAAACAUGACUACUAAACAUGUGAUUAUUGAUGAAUAUACCAAUUAACAUUUGACCUUUUGUGUGGCGGGCUUUAUUUUUCCUGUGUCGUAAACAAUACAAGCGUAAAUACAGGCCUUUGGCAGAGACACUGUUAGCAGAAAUUCAGAUGCAUUGAUGAAAUUUGACCUGAAGCAAACAGCUUCUGUAUCAUGCUGCCUAAACUCGAACAUUUUGCCUUAUUUUGCUUUAUUCUUCUCAAAAGCCAAGAAGGAACUAAAACCAUGCAGUCGUGUAUACACCCAUAAUAAAUCUGAACGGAGUGGGAUCGGAUCAGCAGGAGAGAUUUUGCAUUAUUUUGUAUAAAACACUGAACAGUUUGGCUUCUCUCUCUCCUCCUUUGGUUGUCUAGCUCUUGUAUGUAAUCAGAUCACCUCUAUUUGAGAUUUACCAACACAAACACCUUAUGUCACAAUUAAAUCAGUAUCAAAUGUGCAAGUGGUUCUUUUUGCCCUACAAUCACCUACCCAGUAUAUUUAGUGUUUCGAUGACAGACAUCUGAACUGAAGUGGAAAGCCCACACACAGUGGAUAAACAUUUGUAUUUAAUAAAACAGUUGAUUUUUAGUA